AUGGCUCUACCAACUCCCUCGGAAAACGAAGGUAGCCAUAAUCUUGAUUAUCAACGAGGCGAUACCGUUUGGCUACUUGCGGAUCACUUCUUCAAGCCUGCAAGGCAGUUGCCAUCACUUCUUGUCGAGCUCUGGCUUCAAAUUUUUCGACUCCAUCUUGGGCCAUCAAUUACAAACUUGUCACGAGACUCAUUCUCCAGCUACGCUCACUGCAUCUUCCUCCAUAGGGGAGACGCUGCACGCAUAUAUCGCAAGAAAGAGCAGAUUCGAAGUGUCCUGCGUCGUGUAUGCCAUGCAUGGAAGAUGCUCGCUGAUGACCUGGACGACGCCGUUCUGAUGAGCCAUUUGGACGAGAUUGAUUGGCCUCCUGGCCGUUCAAAACCCCAAGCAAAAGCUAUAUACUAUCUUUCCAGUGGGUUUUAUCCUCUUCAUAAAGAUCCCGUCAAGUCUUACCGCGAGGCCAACGGGAAAAUCUAUAAUUAA